AAAUCACAGCCGGGCCUGCUCUCCGUCCCCUCUCUGCAGCUCUGCAUGUCUUAAAAGCGAAAGUAUUGCUAGGCCGAUCGACACUUGGCGCACACUCGGAGUCCCAAUACCCGAAGAAGAAGGAACCACUCGCAGACAAAAUAGCCACCAAACACACGCACACCAGUUGCAGAUUUCAGUUCGAUCAGAUUUAGUUUCAGUGGAGAAGGGGAUUCUUGGUAUUAGUCAGCUCUGACAUUGUUUUAUACAGAUUUUACUUCACUUUUGGGACAAAAAUGUUCAAGAACCUCGGCAACGAUCCGCCCGGCGACGGAGGUGGGAACCGUCCUCUUGGAAACUUCGAGUUGGCACGGCAGCAGUCGAUCUAUUCUCUGACCUUCGACGAAUUGCAGAACACGAUGGGCGGCAGCGUUGGUAAGGACUUUGGGUCGAUGAACAUGGACGAGCUACUGAAGAACAUCUGGACGGCGGAAGAAACACAGUCGAUGACCAUGACGUCCACCUCCGGUGCUGGACAAGAGGGUCAGCAGCUCCAGCGGCAAGGCUCCCUCACUCUGCCGCGAACGCUCAGCCAGAAGACCGUCGAUGAGGUCUGGAGAGAGAUAGCCAACGAUCAUGGUGUCGGAAAAGAUGGACAUGCGGUUGUAGGAGCGAAUGCGAACUACCCGCAGAGGCAGCAGACUCUGGGAGAGAUGACUUUAGAGGAGUUUCUACUGAGAGCUGGGGUUGUCAGGGAAGAUAUUCAAAUGGGCGGUAAGGUUGGUAAUGGUGGAUUUUUUGGGGAUUUAUCGCGCACAGUGAAUAAUAAUUCUGGAUUUGGGAUCGGAUUACAACAGAUGGGUCGGGGUGCAGGAUUAAUGGGAAAUUGGACAUCAGAGACUAAUAAUAAUGGUGGUAGUAGUAACAAUCAGGGUUCCAUGCAGUCAAAUUUGCCUUUGAAUGUGAAUGGAGUUAGAUUAAAUCAAAAUCAGUUGUCUCAGGCUCAGCUGUCGCAGCAGCAGCAGCCACAGCAACCUCAAAUAUUUCCCAAGCAGCCAGCAGUUGGAGGUUACAUGACAAAGAUGCCUAUACAGAGUGGUUUGGCUAGUCCUGGAAUAAGGGGAGGGAUUGUGGGGUUCGGGGAUCAAGGGAUGAACGGUACUGGACUCCAGGGUGGAGGUAUGGGGAUGAUGGGCUUAGGGGCUGGGGCAGGGCCUCUUUCUUCUCCUGCAAACCAGUUGUCUUCAGAUGUGGUUGGGAAGAGUAACGGUGAUUCGUCUUCAGUUUCACCAGUUCCAUAUGUGUUUAAUGGAGGUUUGAGAGGGAGGCGAAGCAAUGGGGCUGUGGAGAAGGUUGUUGAAAGGAGGCAGAGGAGAAUGAUAAAGAACAGAGAGUCAGCUGCAAGGUCGCGGGCUCGUAAGCAGGCUUAUACCACGGAAUUGGAAGCUGAAGUUGCCAAGUUAAAAGAAGAGAAUCAAGAGUUGCGGAAGAAACAGGCAAAAAUCAUGGAAAUGCAGAAAGAUCAGGUAUUGGAGAUGAUGAAUACGCAGCAAGGAGGUAAGAAACGGUGCUUGAGACGGACACAGACUGGACCAUGGUGAAGUUUCUACAGUAUAAGAUAUGUGUGUGGUAGAUUGCUGUACAUAUUUAAGGCAAUCGCGUGGUCAUUGUAGAUUUGUGAUUCAGAGUUUUAGAAUACAAGCAUUAUAUAUAUUCAUCAUCUGUUUCAGCUUCUUUUUAGAAAAUAAUGGAUGUAGGCAAUGUAGAGGAGCCAAGGGAAACAAAUAUAUAGCCUUAUUAGAUUCAGUUGAGACAUGUCCUUUUAGUACGUGCAGUUGCCUACCAUCAUUGGCUUGGUUUUCCAAACAUGUCGUUGGCUUCACACUAUUUUCCCUCUUUUCUGUGUAAAGAAAUAUGGUGACAGUUCGAC